UUUUUAUUACAAUCCAUGACAAUUUCCACAUGUAUCCAAGGCAGCAUUGUAAGUGAGCUGAGUGGUACGAUCUACGGCGAUCCAAUCGAAAACAAUGACGAUCUACUCAAUUCGAAUCUCCCAAUCAAAACGAUUUCUGGCGUAGCAUUCUUAUUUCGUAUAGGAUUCCACGAGAGAGAUGGUGAAAUUUACAAACGAAUUCAAGCGCUAGAAGGUGCCCCGUAUCCUUUCCAGGCUGGAAACAUGGCAGUAGAAAAGAAGGAUUUUGCUACCAUUGUUGAUACAGGUUACAUAAUAAUGCGGCCAAAUAUCCUAAGAUCAUUCAGUGUAUUUGAAGUGUAUGGCAUGAAGCAAAAUCUAGCAAUGCCCAAGAAUUCCUAUUUUACCGAACAAUAUAAUGAAUGGAUCGGCCACCUAAUGGAGAUCGGAGUUUUGUCAAAAUUCAUUAAACUAUACCAGUACUUUUACGCGCUCAAAUUCUACGUAGAAGAGGACAAACGCAGUUUCGUGGUCACAUUGGAGCAACUUUUGCCAGUUUUAUCAAUUGUUGGAGCUGGAUAUUUUCUGGCUCUACUAAUAUUUGUCAUGGAACUAGCAGUCGAUAGAUGGCAAACCAUUGAGUUCAAACCUGCUAGAAAAUCUCGGAAAAUUUCAAUUUAAAUCGGCAAAGUUUAUGCAAUAGUAUUGUUCGUCCAUUCCAUAACACCUCGCACAAAUCUGCUCGGUUUCUAUUGCAUAAUAAGAGAUUUGUUUAUCAGACUGCCCAGGGCUCUUGACUGGUAGAACCAAUAGCGAGCAGAACUGUUUAAGACAUUAUUCGUGAUUAUUUGUAGCUCCGCCUUAUAUCGUCCCACUUGCUUGAAAUUUGCUAUUUGAAACUAUACUUAGAUAUCGUUAUGUUUAGCAGGCAGGUGGCUAAGUUUAUUAUGUUUGUAAUUAGUUGUUAAAUGUCUCAGUCUAAUUAAAUAAACUAAUUUAGGAUUUACUCAAAAGCGACUGUUCUAUUAGCUUAUUGGGAAAGGAAACCAUUUAGAAACCGUUAAAUAACUUAGUUAAUAAACAGCAAAAGUAUGGAAUAAUUACAAUUUUAAACGACUAGUUUGGUGUGGAUAUUAGGUAUAUGGAAUAUACUUCCAUAUGCAGAAAUUUUCG